AUUGAAUGUGAAGUCAUUUUUUAUCCCUCUCCAGAAUUUUUAAAGAUGUUCGUUCAACUUCUUUUUCUUAAUAAUAAUAAUAAUAAUAAUAAGAUUACUUACACAACUCCCAGUUGUGGGAAAAGAAGAAAAAGGAAAAGUUAUUCUACUCUCAUUUGAUUUUAGUCUGAUAAACACAACACUGCAAUUUUGAAAUCUGGAGAUGCUGAUAUUGAAAAAUUAGUUUGAGGAUGGUAGCAUUAUGUGGCGGCACAUUGGAGGGUUUCUCCUUCUUCCCCUGCCUUUCCGACCCUCACGGGAGAUCGAAUUUUUGCUUGAAAUUAGCGUUGGUGAUGCUGCAUCUGACCUAUGUCGCUCUUCUAUUUGCUUUUGACAAAGAGUUUAUUCAGAAAACCAACCAACACGCCUGGUACACAGCAGCGUAUUUGCUGCUGCUUGUUGCUACACUGGCUCAAUACUUCAUCACCUCUGGUUCUUCUCCUGGCUAUGUUAUUGAUGCAAUGAGGGCUAUCAACGAGACAGAUGCAUCGGGUAAUAGGGCAACAAGUACCUCUACACAGCCUGCUUCAAGAAAAAAUGGCAGUGUAGUUAUUACAAUCGACAGAAAACAGUUAGAAAAGAAUCUUCUAGGGGGUACAACUUCUUGGGAAAAGCUAGUGAUGGAUAUGUAUGCUCCAGGAACAUCUGUUGGAAGCGUGACUUGCACUUACUGUAAUGUAAUGCAGCCUCCACGAGCUAAACACUGUCAUGAUUGUGACAAAUGCGUUCUCCAGUUUGAUCAUCAUUGUGUUUGGCUUGGAACAUGUGUAGGACAGGGUAACCAUUGCCGGUUUUGGUGGUAUAUUUGCUCGGAAACAGCCUUGUCAUUGUGGACUGGCACUUUAUAUAUUCUGUACUUGAAGUCUCACAUACCAAAGCCAUGGUGGUCAUAUGCUGUUUUGAUCUUGUUGUUAGCUGGUUUAUCUAUUUGCCUCUUGUUUCUCCUCCUCCUCCUCCUAUUCCAUAGCUAUCUUAUUUUGACAAAUCAGACCACCUAUGAGCUUGUUAGACGACGGCGCAUCCUCUAUUUGAGGAACAUUCCGGAAAGAAUUUUUCCGUUUAGUAAAGGAGCAUGCAGAAAUUUAUACGACUUCUGCUGUGCCCGGAGCAGCAUGUACAGGAUGGAACCACUGCCAACAGCUCAAGAACUUGAAGAGAAGUUGAGACCCUAUACAUGUUCCGAUGUUUUAUCUUGUCGGUGUUGCUGUUGAUCACUUGUGCUGUAUCUGUGAGAACUGUGAUUGACAUCAAAAUUUCCCAUCGAUUGUACCAGUAUGAAAAAUCUUCGUCAUCCAUUUGUUUGUAGUAUUGGUAUCAACACCAUUGAAUGGGUAAUCAUAUGUACAAUAUUUCACCUCUUUCUCUCUCUAUAUAUAUAUUAAGAAAAGUGGUUUAACUUUUUGUACUUCA